AUGACAAUGUGCGUAUGGAUCGUCGGUACGACUGGACUGCGGCGAGUCGAUAACGAGACGAAGCUUGAACGAGAAUAUCGAGAAGCAAGGGAGGAACUAAAUAGGUGGAGCUCAGCAUUUUGGGUCAAACAUAAUAGUUUGUUCGAUGCAAAGAAAGCAGAAUUUGUCGAAAAGAAGAAAAAAGAACUAGGGCCACUGGAGCGGAUGUCCGCAAAUGAUCUGUCGGUUUUCUACAAAGAUUUCUUGGAUUCAGAACAUCGAAAUUUGAUGGAAUACAAUAAGGAGUGGUACCAUCGAAAUUUAGCCCUCUGCUGGCCAGCCCUUCGAGUGAAUAUGGUUCGAUUCAUGCGACUCUUACGAAGAUAAAUUUAGAUAAGCGUGAUAUAAUUUGCAUUUUACUACUGAUCUGAUAGGAAAACAAUAGCCUUUUGAAGUAAAAUACC